AUGAAAUUAUCAACUGUUUUAUUAUCCACUUUAGCUUCAUUAGUUGUUGCUCAACCAGCUCAUCAACAUCAUGAACACAAACGUGAUGCUGCUGUUCAAAUCGUCACUCAAUAUCAAACCCAAAUUGUGACCCAAGGUGUUACUGCUACUGUUGGUGCUGGUGAUGCUCAACAAUCACAAGCUACUUCCCAAGCUACUUCUCAAGCUCCAGCUUCACAAUCAUCUGCUCAACCUCAAGGUGAAGAAUCAGGUGCUGCUGUCAACAAAAACAUCGUUUCAGAUGCUAAAUCUGCUGUCAGCUCAUUCUUUGGUGGUAACAGUCAAACCACUACUUUAUCAUCAACCCAAGGUGGUGCUUCAUCUUCAGCUUCUCCAUCAUCAACUCAAGGUGGUUCAGAAUCCUCAUCUACCUCAUCAUCAUCAUCAUCCCCAUCAUCAUCUGGUGGUUCAGGCUCAUCAGGUGAAAACUUUGGUGCUAAAGGUAUCACUUAUUCACCAUACACCAACUCUGGUUCAUGUAAAGAUGCUUCAACUAUCAAAUCUGAUGUUAAGAAAUUAUCAGGUUUUGAUAUCAUUCGUUUAUAUGAUGUUGAUUGUUCAGGUGUUGAAAGUGUUAUGUCUGCUAAAGGCUCAAACCAAAAAAUCUUUGCUGGUAUCUAUCACGUUGAUGCUAUCUCAGAUGGUGUUAAACAAUUAGCUGAAGCUUUAAACAACAACUGGGAUGAUAUCUAUGCUGUUUCCAUCGGUAACGAAUUAGUCAACUCUGGUGAAAAACAAGCUUCUGAAAUUAAAAGUCUCGUUGAUGAAGCUAAAUCUGCUUUAAAAUCUGCUGGUUACACUGGUAAAGUUGUUUCAGUUGAUACUUUAGUUGCUGUUCAAAACAAUGAUGAAUUAUGUGAUGCCUCAGAUUUCAUUGCUGUUAACUCUCAUCCAUUCUGGGAUGGUAACGUUGAACCAUCAGGAUCUGGUGAUUUCUUAAAGAAACAAAUCUCAAACAUUAAAUCUCAAUGUGGUGGUAAAGAUGUUUUAAUCACUGAAACUGGUUGGCCAACACAAGGUCAAACUUUCCAAAAGGCCGUCCCAUCAAAAGAUAAUCAAAAAGAAGCUUUACAAAGUAUUGGUGAUUCAUGUGGUGAUCAAGUUAUUUUAUUCACUGUUUUCGAUGAUUUCUGGAAACAAGCUGGUUCAUACGGUGUUGAACAAUACUGGGGUAUCUUCUCAGAUAACUAG